AAAAAUAUAAAAAAAAGAAAUAGAUAUAUAGAGAGCGUAUAGAAAGUUCAGUGAAUAGAUUUUUCUUGUACCUCUAAAAUUCAAAGAGAGUUGUGAAGAAAAUUCACCAGUGAUAAUUGCAUUUCACGAAGAUUUAUUGCAAAAUGUGAGAACAGUGCUGGCCGGAGAAUGUGAUGUAUUCAUGGAGUAUAUCAGAGAUGCUUAAUGACACUUUUACAUGUCGAGAGAGCUUCUUAAGUGUUUCAGCACUAUUUGUGGUGGAAAAGAGUUAGCAUCGUGAUGUCAACAGCCAAACGGCUGGUCCUGUCGCUACGUGGUCGAAAGGACUCCCAAGGCACAACAGCUGGUGCAUCAUCGUCAACUCGUCUCGUGUCCACAAACAGUUCAUCGCCCGGACAUGAGCUGGAUGAAAUAGCCGUGGUGUCUGGAAGUGCUGGUGAUUGUGGAAAUGAAUCUGUAGGAUGUGCCUCCUUCGGGAGUUUAGGACAGGCAAAUGGGCCACGUCUUGUACCUGGUGCUGAUGAUGUGAAUCAUCCACCAUCUCAAAGUCUGUCACAAGCCACUGAGGCGUCACCAUGGGGUCGCCUGGUGGUUGGUGGCAAUGACGACAAUGAUGUCUGCGGGCCCAUGGGUCGGCAGCGGCUUUCCCUCAAUGGUGCCCUGGCAACACCGCCAGCCAGACCGCUCGAGCUCGAUGUCCUCGCGACGGCCGACCUGGCGAAUCCCAACAUUAAUCCUUCGUCAUUCCUGCUACCCGGUGGCCACUACAUGGCCGGGCGAAACUCACUGAGUCGCCAGAGUCUCGUUGAUAUUGUGAGCUCGAAGUUUGGCAUGUCUAGACCACAACUAGGUCAGAGUAUAUCGCAGCAGGGUUUCUUCUCUACAUCGCGAGAUAGUUUAUCAGCACCGUGUGUUGUCACCCGAACCCCGCAUUCACAUGUCUCGGCCACGGCGUCAGAGAUGGACCUGUCUAGGAAGCAACGGAAGGAACGUGGUAGACUGAAACAGGCAGAGCAGCCACUAUUGAGUUCGUGGAAUCGAAGCGGGGCGCGAUGCAGUAAUGCCAACACGAUAGGCACAAUGUCCAGUAAUCACCUCAACAACAGCGGCAAUGGUUGUAACGGACCCGAGAGAGUGGCUCGGAGAUCGGGAUACUCAUCAUCAAGCGCAUCUCGGGCUCGUCCUAGUGGCAAAUGGACAUUUGUUUUUGAUCCAGCCGGGCGGCUAUGCUACUACUGGUCCAUGGUCGUAUCCAUGGCAUUUCUAUACAACUUCUGGGUCAUCAUCUAUCGCUUCGCCUUUCAGGAGAUCAAUGUAGAAUCCAUUGUGGUAUGGUUCUGCCUGGACUAUUUUUCCGAUUUUUUAUACCUCGUCGAUAUCUUGUUCCACUUUCGCACGGGAUACCUGGAGGAUGGUGUCCUACAGACGGAUUCGACAAAAUUGCGACAGCACUACAUGAACUCAACGACAUUUUAUAUCGAUUGCCUUUGUUUGUUGCCGUUAGAUUUUUUAUACUUAUCCAUCGGAUUUAACUCGAUUCUGCGAUCAUUCCGUCUUGUAAAGAUCUAUCGGUUCUGGGCAUUUAUGGAUCGCACGGAGCGACAUACAAACUACCCGAACCUAUUUAGAUCAACAUCGCUCAUACACUAUCUCCUCGUGAUAUUCCACUGGAAUGGAUGCCUCUACCACAUCAUCUACAAGAACAAUGGGUUCGGAUCGAAAAAUUGGGUAUACCACGAUUCGGAGUCUGCAGAUGUUGUGAAGCAGUAUCUUCAGAGUUACUAUUGGUGUACACUGGCACUAACGACCAUUGGCGACUUGCCAAGACCGCGUUCCAAAGCCGAGUACGUGUUUGUCAUCGUUCAAUUGCUCUUCGGAUUGAUGCUAUUCGCCACGGUGCUGGGACAUGUUGCCAAUAUCGUGACAUCAGUAAGUGCAGCCAGGAAGGAGUUUCAGGCCAAAUUGGAUGGUGUGAAAACUUACAUGCGGAUGAGACGAGUCCCAAAUCAUCUUCAAGUAAAAGUCAUUAAGUGGUUUGACUAUCUCUGGCUGACGCAAAAGUGCUCCGAUGAGGAACGAGCUGUAUCGUGUCUUCCUGAUAAAUUAAAGGCUGAAAUCGCUAUUAACGUCCAUUUAGAUACACUUAAGCGAGUCGAAAUCUUCCAGAACACCGAGGCCGGCUUCCUUUGUGAAUUGGUGCUACGUUUACGACCUGUUCUCUUUUCGCCAGGAGAUUACAUAUGUCGCAAAGGUGAAGUUGGCAAGGAGAUGUACAUCGUGAACCGGGGACGUCUUCAGGUGGUGGCAGAUAAUGGUAAAACUGUUAUGGCAUCUCUCAAGGCAGGUUCUUACUUUGGUGAAAUAAGCAUCCUUAAUAUGGGGACUGCAGGUAAAGAAUUGGGAAAUCGACGGACAGCAAGUGUUAGAUCUGUGGGGUAUAGUGAUUUGUUUGUGCUGAGCAAGAAGGACAUGUGGGACGUUCUCAAAGAGUAUCCGGCGGCCAGAGUACGUCUCGAGGCGAUUGCAGUGAAGCGACUGGAAAAAUACAAAAAAGCUCCCUUGGAGAAAGUGGCCAUGGGUCGCUGUCAAUCUACUCCAGGUUUAGUUGAGACACGAGGAAGGACGCCAAUUGAGGAAAUGUGGUUAACACCUGCGCUUCCGGCUCCGGCAUACAGCCAAGCGUCAACGUUCAGUCGAGCACCGAGUCCGAGAUCUCAUCGAGGGGAGCCUAGCACUGAUCGAUCCCGACUGCUUGAAUCUCCUGGAUCCCUGAGUCCGAGCGCCCCGAGCCUAGAAGGAAGACCACGAAGCCGAGCAGCAUCAUCACAUUCCAGAACUCAUUCGCAGCAAAGAACACAAUGUGGGAGUUUGACACAUUUGGAGUCAUCCGGUGCGACACCGCUCCUGGGCUCUUCCCAUGAGGUUCUAGAAGAUGAAAUAAAGCGCCUCCGUGAGCGCCUACACACGGUUGAGGCGGAAAAUGCUGCCCUCAACUCCAAACUGUCGCAACAACAGUGGGAACUGGAAAAUCGUCUGGCGGAGAUUGAGAUGCAGAUCUGUGGUGCAUCCUCAGCCUCCAGCAUCGAUCAGGAGAAUGAGGCUGAGGAAAUUGAGCGGAAUCGCGAGAGUAUCAUAUAACACGGGGGCGCGCUGCCCCAACAAGUUGCAAGGUAUGUCACCUGCAUGUCUUAAAUGGACACCUUGAGAACGGGAGUCACAAUGGAGGAUUUAUUGUGCUGCAAGACGAACCAAUUUUGGCACCAUUUAGCAAAAGACACGGUGCAUAUUACUGAGAUGGUGGCUACUAACGUGUUUGGGCAGCUCUUUUUCUUUCCCUAUACAACUUAAAUUAAAUAAAUAAAUAAAUAAAUAAAAUA